AUAAUCUCAUGUGAUUCUUUUGUCCAAGCACAGCAUGAGCACCGAUCGCUGUACUGUUCAGUGAAACAACACUAUUUCAAACCCUAAUCGAGUGUUUCUCGAAGAGUGUAUAACGCGUAAAUGACUACUAGAUUCGCGUUUAUUUCCUACGUCAUCAAAAUUUAUUGCACGAAGUACAUAGCUCAUGAUGUCAAGAAGAAAUACGUUGUUGCUGUGUUUCGACGCCUUUGGCACACUGUUCAAGCCCCGAGCGCCUAUACAUCGACAAUACGAUGAAAUCGCCAAGUCCUUGGGGAUGCGAGGCUUUGAUGCGGAGGAUAUUCAGCGAACGUUCAAAACAGCAUUCAAACAAGAAUCGAAACGGAAUCCCAACUACGGCAAAGCAAAUGGUCUCAAUGCCGAGCUGUGGUGGACCAACGUCAUUCAGAAUACCUUUCGACCAUUGACUGUGCCUGACUCGGAACUACCAAGAGAGCUUGUGCCCCGAUUGCUCAAUCGAUUUCGUAGCGGCGAUGGGUACACUCUGUUUCCUGACGUGGAAGUACUUCUGAACAAGUUCAGGGCCUAUGCGAAAAAGAAUAACGCCAGCCUCGUCGUUGGUGUGAUAACAAAUUCAGAUGACCGAGUUCCGGAUAUUCUGACAUCGCUGGGGAUGCGAGUAGGCUCUUUGCGAUUCGGGACCGGGCCAACGACCACUGGGGGAAGCGAAAUAAACGAUGUCGACUUUGCGGUGAUGUCGUACGAUGUCGGCCAUGAAAAGCCCAAUAAGAGGAUCUUUGAAGCUGCGCAAGGCCUGGUCUCGGAAGUUCUCAAGUGCCGAGAUGGUGACACUGGGCACAAAUUCGACCGUCCCAUGUGGCCUGCUCUCUACAUCGGAGAUGAUUAUGGCUGCGAUGUUAUCGGGGCGCGCAAUGCCGGAUGGAAAGCAAUCCUGGUCGAUCGCGAGGUUGCGGCUGGCCGGGAUCAAAUCGAGCGCCUCAAUGACCAACCAUCAAACGACUUGUUUGAGAUACUGGCGAAGACCGAUGCCGUGACGUGCAAUAGUCUCGCUCACUUGGCUCAAUGGGUACCUGAAUAGCCUCGAGAAUUAGAAGUCUGCCGG